AUGAAAAGAAGUUACGAGAACCCUUCUUCAUCUUCAAAGCAUCCGCAGCAAAGAAACAGUAGUAGAUCUCAAUUCAAUCAACUUUGCUCCAAUCUCACUUCUAUUAUUCCUCCUCAACAUUUUCAUAAUUCAGUGGAUAUGCUAUCUCAAGCUGAUAAGAUUGAACAAGCAACAAGUUACGUAGUUAAUUUGAGAGAAAGAAUAGAGAACUUAAACAAGAGAAAAGAGCAACUAAUGGUUAACCAAGAAGGAACGUCGUCCUCUAAUACCGAAAACUUUAGUUGUAAUGAUACAACGAUGAUGACAAAUUCCGGCUUACUACCCACCAGUAUUGAAGUGAAAGAUUUGGGUAGUGUUAUAGAGGUCCAACUUGUGGUGCAACAAGACCGCGAUAUCAAAUUACAUGAAGUGAUUAGGGUUCUUGAAGAAGAAGGAGCUGAAGUUGUCAAUGCUACUUUCUCAACUCAUGGGAAUUAUGUCCUCCACACUCUCCAUGCUAGGGUAACUUCAUUGUUUUUUAUUUUUUUUAAAGUUGAUGUUGGAUACAAACGUUAAUAAUGCUAAAUUUUAUUAAAAUAUUUAUUUGAUUUAAAAAUAAUACAGAGGUCAAGUGAAUUUACAUAAUGUGUUACAAAUUAAUUUUGCUUUAAUUAUGGGAUCUUUUAUCAAAAUGGCUAAUUUAACAAAACUAUUUCUCAAAACGGUUAAUUAUCAAUUUUAAUUCCAAAACUCGCUAGAUGAUUGACUUGAAAGAAAAUUAUUUAUUUCUUUUUUCCUUUGAACCGGAAAGAUUAACUUGUUUGGGGUUUUUUUUUUAAAUAAAAAUUUUGCUUUUUUUAAAAAAAAUAAAUUAUUUUAUAGUUGAAAAUUUUAAAGGCCAAUAAUUUUGUACAUAGUAUAUGGCCUUAAAUUAUUCCCUGUUUUUUUUUUUUUUUUUUUUGGAAAAA